AAUAGAACAUCGUGUAGUACGUAUAGUUGUAUUUGUAUAGGUACACUGUAUAGAUUACUCGAUUUGAUAUUAUUACGGAUGUAAUAAAAAAGAAUUAAAUAAAAACAUUAUUGUUCGCUUGGCGCAAUUCGUAAUUCUUAUACUUAAGUUUCUAGUGAACGAUUAUCAUUAAAUCAGUGCGUUUCGUUCUUGCUUUAAGAGUAACUAUGAAUAAAUAAUUUUUAAUUUUAAAUAAUUCAUAAUUUUAUUUAUCAUUGUUAUAAAUUUUAAAUUGUCAAAUGACGACAGAAUUGAUUUUUUGUAUAGUUAUUAGUCCCUGUUAUUUAAUGACGCGAUUUUUGAUUAUUACUUCUUUUAAAAACGCUGUGACACCUCUGUCAUUUUAGUGCAAAAAUUAACGUAUACGACGAUAUCCUAUAAACUAAGACCGGUUCCACUAUUUCGAUUUAAGACUAGAAAUCUAAUGUUCAUCAAUUUUAUGAAGAUUGGCAUAAAAAAUAUUUAUUUUUAAGCAAUAUUUGAAUUUAAGUUUUCUAUUAAUGCAAUUAAAAUGACUUUGGAUUACGACACUGCCAAUCGAGCUGCUGAACUAGUUGAAUUGUUGACUAGCAACGGUCAAGAUUACAAUGAUUGGUCAAAACUAAAUGAAAUUGAAAAUAUUUGCAAAAAAUCUACUGAGUAUAUUGAGAGAGUUCACAUGUUACUUUUACAUCAGCUUAAAGAAAAACAUUCAGAGGUUCGAUUUAGCGCUUUGCGAGUAUACGAUUUUCUUUUUAAGAAAUUUCAGCAUUUUAGAAAACUAGUAAUUGACGAUUUUUCGAUUUUUUUAAAACUUACUAUAAAUACUGAUAUUAAUAAACCAUUACCACCACCAAAAAAAUUUGCCAAAGAAUUAGAAAUAAUGUCUGUGAAGUAUAUCAAAGAGUGGAAAGACGAGUUUGGAAGUGAUUUUAUCGACGAAUUCGAUUUUGUUUUUAAAUAUUUAAACAAGUACAAAAAGAUCGAUUUUCAAACGAUGACUGUGCUCUCGUUUGACGAGGCUAGGAGAAUUGAAGAUAGAGAAUGCCGACAAAAAUAUAUUAAUGAAAGAAAAAUUAAAUUAAUUCAGAGUGAAUUAAAAGAACUCGAACCAGAAAUCGUGAUAGCAAUUAAAAGUCUAGAAAGUUGUCUAGAAUUGUUAAUUCCUACUCCUGAACAAUUUGCUAUACCGGAAGUAGAACAAAUCAUCAAUAAAGAUAGUUUUAUUCAAAAAAAAACUAAUGAGUCUUUUAAUAUAGCUCCUGAAUGCUUUGAUAAAGAACUAAAUCUUAGGGAAAAUGGAAUUAUAUAUCCUGAACAUUCUGUCACAGUUACCUUGAAAUCAGGAUUCCAAAAGAGGGUUAAAAAGACCGAAGACAACCGAGAUGUAAUUGAAUCCGCUAAUGAACAAACUAAACUCAUUACCGAAAAAUACUUACCAAAAGUAAAACAGUGGUUACAGGACGUUGCUAAAAUAUCUAAUAAUGAAGUUCUAUUGAAAAAAAUUAUUGAAAUGAAGCAAUAUAUAAUAGAUUUGAUAAAACGUGAAAAUAAAAUAAUUUAUUAUGGAGAAAGCGAUAAUUCAAACGAUGAUGAUUCAGACAUGGAAGAAGUGUUACCAUCAACGAAAAUUGCAGAUGAGUUGUUAACACAAUAUGUUUUAAAUAAUAGUACGUUUUCAAGCGCGACUACGUCUUCUCAACAAAAUUUGUCGAAUGAAAUAAAAAAAAAAUCUUUAGAUGUCCCCAAGUUACCAUUUGAUGUGGAUUUGUAUCAUUGGGAAGACGAAAAUAUUGCAGCUCCUCGAGUAUUACCAACUAAUACCGAAGGUUAUCAUUUUUGGUCUUCUAAUUCGGUUAUGGAUACUGACGGUGAUGGGAUAAUACAGCCAGGGGGUCCUUCAAAUUUACGUACAAGAGUCAUCGAGUUUACAGGUAAAUUUGAAAGAGUGGAGAGACAAUGUCGGGCGCCAUUACCAAGUGGAAAACUGUGUGCCAGAGAAGAUCGAAUUAAAUGUCCUUUUCAUGGCGUAAUCGUUGCUAGGGACGAGUCAGGACGUCCAAUAAACCCAAAAGAUGAAAUAGAAUUACAAAAGAAUAAAGUACCUGAUUGGCAAGACCCACAAUUAUUGAGAGAUAUACAACGCGAAACUGGUGUAAACUUAACAAUGCCGAAAAAAGGAAGCCGAAAAAAAAAAGAAAAAUACCCAAAGCUGACAGAUUUUAAAAAAGAACAAAAUACUCCUCGUGCACGAUUGGAAAAAAAAAUUUUUAAGAAAUCAUCAGUCAAAAAAGUUGCCAAGAUAAUGGACAGCAUGGAUCAAAGAAAAUUCAGAGAUAAAUUCGGUGAUCAAUUCAAUUAUGUUCACGAUACUGCUUAAUAUACUGAUAUCUUUAAAAAUAAUAUUGAUAAAUAUUAAUUAAAACAUUUUACUAAGAAAGUAAUUUU